AUGGUGCUCGAAGCAGGCUACCCCUUCGCCGCGGCAUCCGGCUUCCGCAAAGUGGUCAAAGCCACGAUUCUGGUGAAGAAAAAGGCGGGGAUGAGCGACGAGGACUUUGUGCAGCAUUACAACCACAAGCACGCGCAGAUGGCGGCGCCGGUGUUGGAGAAGCAUCAUGCCAUUACAUAUAGUCUUACUUACUGCUUAGCACGCGACCGCACCAUCAUCGCCGACAUGCUUCACGGUCAAGCGAAAAUGCUUGACUUUGACGCCAUAUGCACCUUCGUUUUUAAGGACUACCGCGAUUUCGCAAAGUUCAUGUACGACCCUGCAAGUAAGGCGCUCACGCCGGAUCACGACAACUUCAUGGUGGAGGAGGAGAUGUGUAUGAUGGUUGGGGAUGAGUAUAUGGUCAUCGACGAGGGUCGGAGGGUGGGGUGA